CCGGGUGUCGUGAGGCGGGCCUUCGGGCUAGCUCGCCGUCGGCCGCCGGGGGGUUGGCCUGGGUGUCAUUGGCUCUGGGAAGCGGCAGCAGAGGCAGGGACCACUCGGGGUCUGGUGUCGGCACAGCCAUGGCGGGCGCGUUGGUGCGGAAAGCGGCGGACUAUGUCCGAAGCAAGGAUUUCCGGGACUACCUCAUGAGUACGGUAAGAAAAUUAUUUCCAUCCAUUUCAGGCUUUUGUAGACUUUCUGCAUUAACAGAGUUAGGGGUAACAGGCUUAGCGUCCUUUGCAUAUGAGAGCCUUUCUAGCCGCCAUGGCUGGCAGGUUGUGAAGGGUGCCUACUGCACCCUGGCCUGUCCUGGGGAGCCUAGACACGAGCUCUGUGACAGCCAUGCUCCUGGGGCUGCUCCCUACUCCUGUUUUUAGAAACAAGCAUAUAAUUACUUCAUUGAUAACAGUCACAGUGGAGCCUAGCAACCGAUGAAAGGAAAUAGAGAAAGAAAAAGAGAAAGCAGGAAAAGAAGGGUGGGAUGAUUAUUUCCUGUAGGGUGGAGUUCAUUUCCAUGGCUUGAUUUUCACACAGGAGAUGGUGUUGUGUAAUUCUGUUGGAACUUUCUUUUCAGCACAAUUAAGAAUUAUAAUCAAGUAAAAUGUUUUCCAUUUAAUCCAACAUAUGUUAAUUUCUUUUUGAAUUUUAAUAAAGUUCCUUAUUUUUCUCAAAAUUGACUGCUGAAUAUCUGACAGCAUAAAUCAAUUGUAUUCUAAAAAAGGGAAGAGAGAACUAGAAUAUUGUACUAGAUAGAAAAGAUGCAUUAUAAACUUUCUAAGGUUAGGUAUUUUAGUAAACUAGUGUUAAAAUGAUUUUUACCUUUCGUGUUCUUCUUAAGAAACAUAUUUUCAGUGUAGCUCAACACUUACAGUCAUAAGUGUAUGUAUAGUUCUUAACUUGCAGAACUGUUUCCUAUAACCUAACACUCAUCACACUUAAAUUUAUUUUUUUUAUUUUUUUAUUUUUUGAGAUGGAGUCUUGCUCUGUUGCCCAGGCUAGAGUGCAGUGGCACUAUCUUGGCUCACUACAACCUCUGCCUCACGUGUUCAAGCGAUUCUCCUGCCUCAACCUCCCUAGUAGCUGGGAUUACAGGUGCAAGCCACCACACCCAGCUAAUUUGUGUAUUUUUAGUAGAGACGGGGUUUCACCAUGUUGGUCAGGCUGGUCUCAAACUCCUGACCUCAUGAUCCGCCUGCCUCAGCCUCCCAAAGUACUGGGAUUACAGGUGUGAGCCACCACGCCCGGCCCAUACUUAAACUUUUAAUACCAUCACUUAGCCAGGAAUCUCCCAAGGCUACUUUAGGUUUAGAUUUAUUCCAUUGUCCAUUUCUGCUUUAGCCCCACCUAUGAAAGAAGACACAUUCACAACCAGUGGUAGAGAAACUGUGGUUUAUAUGCCCCUCUUAGAAUAACUCUUCAGGCUCUGUUUAUAGCCCUGGGUUCAUGCAUGAUAAAGUAGACAGCAACACCACCAUACAGUGCAGAGGAGUGGCAAGAGAGUAAACGGAAAAGGAGAUGAAAAUAGACCAAGUGGAGAAAGGCCUGGUCAAAAAAGGAGGAAAAGGAAGAUCACUAUGGAAUAAUAGAGAGUUGAAAAAUGAAGUGACACCCAAUAACAGGACGGCACUUCUGGGGCCCAGUAGCCAACUGGGGUCUUCCCAUUGCUGCCAUCAAUGAUAUGAAAAAGUCUCCAGAGAUUAUCAGUGGGCGGAUGACAUUUGCCCUCUGUUGCUAUUCUUUGACAUUCAUGAGAUUUGCCUACAAGGUACAGCCUCGGAACUGGCUUCUGUUUGCAUGCCACGCAACAAAUGAAGUAGCCCAGCUCAUCCAGGGAGGGCGGCUUAUCAAACACGAGAUGACUAAAAAGGCAUCUGCAUAACAAUGGAAAAUGAAGAACAAGGUCUUAAAGGGACAGCAUUGCCAGCUGCUGCUGAGUCACAGAUUUCAUUAUAAAUAGCCUCCCUAAGGAAAAUACACUGAAUGCUAUUUUUACUAACCAUUCUAUUUUUAUAGAAAUAGCUGAGAGUUUCUAAACCAACUCUCUGCUGCCUUACAAGUAUUAAAUAUUUUACUUCUUUCCAUAAAGAGUAGCUCAAAAUAUGCAAUUAAUUUAAUAAUUUCUGAUGAUGGUUUUAUCUGCAGUAAUAUGUAUAUUAUCUAUUAGAAUUUACUUAAUGAAAAACUGAAGAGAACAAAAUUUGUAACUACUAGCACUUAAGUACCCCUGAUUCUUAACAUUGUCUUUAAUGACCACAAGACAACCAACAGCUGGCCACGUACUUAAAAUUUUGUCCCCACUGUUUAAAAAUGCUAUCUGUGUAUUUCCAUGCAGUGUGUAUAUUGAGAUGCUGUAACUUAAUGGCAAUAAAUGAUUUAAAUAUUUGUUAAA